AUGUCGAGUGGGGAAUCCGGAAGUGGUGGGAAAUCCCUGCACAGCCUCGUUGCUAAUGAAGCCUGCGCAUUCCUGACUGUUUACAGUGGCCGUGCACGAUUCGAAAUGGCCGGGAAGCGGGGGAAGAAAAAGAAAAAUGUGCGGGACAUGGAAAGACAACAAUCCCAAACUGGUCUUGGAAUCACAUUCGAAAAAAAGGGUACGGUAUCGGCAGGUCUCCUGCCGAGUGUGGCCUUCAUGGCUGUACCCCACACACCACCUCCCGCCACCCCGCCAGGAACUCUUCCCGGCCUCGCCAUGACAACAGGUGUCCUCAACUCGUCACUAAUUGGCAAGAUGCUUCAGCAGCAUCAGCAGCAGCAACCAGGGAUUGAGGAUCCCCUGAGUGACCCUGAGAGUAGCCUGUAUGACUACCAGAUGAUGGAGGAAGCUGGGUAUUCUUCAGUGGAGUUCCGGGGUGGAGCCAGGAAGAGGAUCAGUUACUCAGACAGGGAGAAGGCCCCUACACCGCCCUUGGGGUCCCGGGAGCAUGCUGUAGAUGAUGAAGGAGAACGCAUGUACCACAUACUGGAGUCCCAGGAAGCACAAAAAGAUAUAUACGCCAUGCCAAACAAGACAAGACGAAGCAAGGGUUCACAACAGUCAGCUGAGGAGGGUCAGUCUUUACAACAGACCAGUCAACAGGUUCGGGAGGCUAUGCGGGCUGUCAGAGACAUGGAUUCUGAUUCAGAUGACGUUGCCCAGGAAACGAGGAGAUUUCGGGUUACCAAGGUAACGAUAGAACAUCCUCCAUCAGUAGCUCCACCUAGCAGUCGAAGCGAGCGGGAGCCCAGUUUCAGAGGUGUAAAAUUUGGUGAUCCACUGGAGAUUGAGAACAUUCAGGAGGAUAGUAUCCAUGAGACCAGCAUUAAAAGUACUCGUCUGUCGGCAAGGAAAAGCCAGUCUCCAAUGAGGGGAGAGGGGUCCAAACGAGGGAUACACCUGAUAAAUGAGGAGGCCCAAACAGGAGACUCCUUAAUGGGGCCCACUCCCCAUACAAAGGGUUCAUUGUCUCAUCGGUCUAUGAUGUCGGGUUCUAACACAGCACGAAGUGUAGAUGAGUUGACACGGAGUAUAGAGGGAGAGAAUGUCUUAUUGAGGUCACGCAAUGAGGAGCUGGAAGGAGAAGUCCAUUCACUACAGAAAGUGUCUGAGGCUCUGGAUAAGGGAGACAAGGAGACAGCUAAAAACCUGUUGCUGAAGAAGCAACUACAGGACAUGAAGGAAGAAAACAACACGCUGAAGAGUUCUGUACACAGACUGAGUGUAGAGCUGAGUAGCUACCAGGCCAAGUACAGGCCUAUACAACCAGGUGAAAAGACUGGAGAAAUGCUCGGACUUCCAGACAAAGGUCCAAUCCCUUCCUGGCUUAUAAAUGUGCAGUAUUUGUCUCCGCUGUUCCUGGCUUAUGAUGACAGGCUCCGGGAGAAGGAUAAUGUUGUGAAGCACUACCAGGGAGAACUAGAAAAAUUACGCAUUCAAGCUGAAGAUAUCAUUAUAGAAAACCAACAACUACACAAAAAACUAGACCACGCAGUCAAACGCGGCCCCAUCGACGUCACGGAAUGGGACCAGCUCAAAGAUAAUGCCAAACUUGUACUGGAGGAAAAUCAGAACCUGCUGGAACAAAUAGAGGUGAAAGACCAGAAGGCACGAGACAUGCAUCAGGCUCAUGUUCGUGAAGUGUCAAAGUUAUCAAAACAGCUGGUGCUAAUUAAAGCUGAGAAGACAGAAAUUGACCAGGAGAUGGAGGAUCUACGUAAAAAGUACAAAGACACGAAAAACAAGUUGGAUGCCUUGAUGCUAGAAACCCCAGACAAGUCUACAACACAGGACUACAUCAACAGUAUAGCAGAUCUCAAAAAGAGUAUGGUGGAGAAAGAGGAAGCUCACAAAGAUGAAAUGGACAGUCUUAAAAUAAAACUACAGGCUGUACAGGGUGAGAGGAAAGCACAAAGUGGCAGAUAUGUGGAGCUGGCAGCAGAAAAUAAACGACUACAGGCUGAAAUGAAGGCUAUGCAAAAAGCUGUUCGGAAAGCUCAGUCCAAAAUCAUGUACCUACAGAAGGCAGUGGAGCAAUCUGAGAAUAAAGAGUACACCGUACAGGAACAACUGGCUAAUAUCAUACGAGUGGCUGAGAAAGCAGCUCAGGAGAGAGACACCUACGCUAAAGUGCUGGUGAUGAGAAUGAUAUACAGGGACAAUGCAAGAGAGCAGGAAAACGAGACAAAAAAGGCUGUAAAUAGACUACUGAGUGGUAACGUGACCAAGGGUAAAAUGGAGGAGAAGUUAAAGUUAUAUAAGAUGAAGGCUGCUGCUAAGCUGAACACAGUUGCAGGAAGAUUAAAAGAGCAAGAUGUUAACUUCAGUAACCAGAAGAAGGAGUAUGAGAGAGAAAUCAACCAUCUCAGACUGUUGGUGUCAGAGAAAGAAAAAAUCAUAAACAACAUUGCGGACGAUAAGAAAGAUGUUGAAGAGGAAUUAGAGGUCAUGUGGAGGUCAGCCAACACAGAAAAUGAACGCAUGAAAGAGGUUCUGCGACACAGUAUGAAAAAGUUACGGAAACAUGAAGGGCUGUCAGAGGCCAUGGAGAGUAGUGAAAAGAAGGAACUCCUGUACGUGUCUUCUGAUGGAGAGGACUAGGAGGAGUUGUCUCCCUUAUCUCUGGUGUUAUGACAUAUUACUACUUAUCAGUUCUCCUGGCCAUAAUGUCUGUCACAAUGUCACCUAAUUUAUUAAGUUGAAAAUCAGCUUUGAUUAAUUUGCAGAGAGAAGUUAAGU